GUGCCAAGGCGAACGAGCGAGCGAGACAACACUCUCCCGCAUGACGUCAAGCACUUCUCUCUCUCUCUCUCAGCCGGUUCCGAAAGAGAGAGCAGUCGCUCAAACGACCAGUCGCUCGCUGAUCCUCCAGUCGCGUAGAGCACUAGACUUGGACUAUAUUACAACGGCUUACACGCAUAUCGGACUGUCGCGACCUUGCCGAUCUGCGCGAUGAGUGAAUCCUACAGUCGAUCGGCAGUGCGCGCUGGCUCGUGAGCAUUCGCAGAAACGCCGAGCGAGAGGCCGAGCCCAGUAGCCGAUCGUUGCCGCCGCCGCCGCCGCCGCCGUCAUUCUGUGAGCCUCGCGGCAGCGAGAUGACGUUCCGCCUGCUGCUGCUGCUGCUGCUGCUACUCGCCCUCGGGCUGCUGGUCUCGGGCUUCGAGUGUCCGCCCUACCGGCAGUGCACCUGUCCCAGCGACGACCCGGGCCUGCUCGAGUACCAGCUGACCUGCUGGACCGGCAACUCGAGCACGCACACCUUCGAGCUGAGCAUCACGCCGCACAAGCAGAUCACCGUCCAGUGCUACAACUCGCCGGACUGGGCCGAGUUCGCCUCCCUCGAGCCGUCGCUCAAGUUGGGCGACCUCCAGGCGCUCGUCUUCAGGGACUGCCUGACCCUCGGCAGCGAGCACAGCGAGAAGCUCGCGAACCUCCUGGGGAUCGGACAGCUGACCUCGCUCAAGAUCGCCAGGUUCAACGGGACCCUCGCCAGGGACGAUCUCAGGGUCUAUCCCAGCGUGAAGAAGCUCUACCUCUCGGACAACCAGCUGGGCGACGUCAGCGUCGAUCUGCUCAGAGAUCUCCGCUCGCUCGAGCUUCUCGAUCUGCACAACACCAACAUCCGGCUGCCGGCCGGCUUCUUCGAUAACGCGACGACGCUGCGGGCCCUCGAGCUCGGCAUCAACCAGAUGCGUCAGCUGCCGGCCGGCCUCUUCGACGAGCUCCGCAAUCUCAAGCUGCUCAACAUCUGGAAGAACGGCUUUCGCAAGCUCGAGCCCGACGUCUUCCGAGGGCUCAAGAAGCUCGAGACCCUCGACCUCAACCAGAACCAGCUGCAGACGCUGCCGGCGGAGCUGUUCAAGGACCUGGAGAACCUCGAGCUGGUGAACCUCAGCCUGAACAACUUCACCUCGCUGCCCCGCGGCCUCUUCCGCAACAACCCGAAGCUCGUCUCCGUGAAGCUGCUGAGCAACAAGCGGAACUUGACCGAGCUGCCGGCCGGCCUCUUCGCCAACCUGACGAACCUCAAGUCCGUGGUGAUGACGCGCGCUGGACUGCUCAGCUUGCCGGAGGAUCUGUUCUGGGGCGCGACGAAUCUCCGUAACCUCAGCAUCGACCGGAACUACCUGGCCAGCCUGCCGCAGAAGAUCUUCCAGAACAGCACGGAGCUCUACAGCCUCAGCCUGAGCUUCAACGUCCUCGACGAGCUGCCCGAGCGGCUCUUCGAGUACGCGACCAAGCUGAGCAAGCUCGACCUCUCCAACAACCGGCUCACCUCCAUCAACGACCACACGCUCAUCGGCCUCGAGUCCCUGCGCACGCUCAACAUGGAGAACAACUGCCUGAGCUUCAUCCACCUGGAGGCCUUCAGCUUCCUGGGCAACCUCCGGGUGGCCCGCUUCGCCAACAACCGGCUGAGCCUCCACACCGGGCUCUACGACAUCUUCGGCCACAUAUCCCCCUUCCACAACUGCCACUCCCUGGAGGAGCUCUACCUCGCGCACAACAACGUCACCGAGAUGCACAGCGACUGGCUGGUCAGCAACGUCCGGCUGCGCGAGCUCGACCUCAAGCACAACGCGUUCAACUACCUCGAGACCGAAGACCUGCAGUUCAUCUCGAGCAGCCUGCGGGUGGACCUGCGCUUCAACAACAUAUCCCGCCUCGUCCUGACGAGCCUCGAGCUGAUCGCCUCGAACCAGAGCGCGCCGCGCGACGUGACCGUCGAGAUCGACGACAACCCCAUCCGCUGCGACUGCGAGGUCUACGAGCUGCUGCGCUACCUCAACGGCGACAUGCACCCCUUCGUCCAGAACUACGUGCACCUGAAGCCCGGCAAGCUCAGCUGCAGGAGCCCCGAGUACAUGCGCGGCUCGCAGCUCUCGGAGCUCAAGGCCAAGUCGCUCAAGUGCCUGGUCGAGAGCGAGCAGCCGCGGCCGGGCGACCCCUGCUCGCCGAACGGCGGCGCCUGCACCUGCUGGCAGCGGCCCGAGGACAAGGCCCUGCUGCUCGACUGCGCCGCUCGCAACCUGAGCCGCGCGCCCGAGUGGAUCGACGCCCGCGGCGCCGCCCGCAUCGAGCUCGACCUGCGCGUCAACAGGCUCGUCGAGCCGCCCUCCAUGUACAAGAAGGGCUACGAGAAGGUCACCAGCCUGAACCUCUCCCGGAACCGCAUAUCCUUCGUCGACGAGCGGCUGCUCUCGCCGAACCUCAAGACGCUGCUGCUCGACGGCAACGAGCUCAGCUCGAUCGACGCCAAGAUCCUCGAGAAGCUCUCCAACUCGAGCAAGAUCUCGAAGCUGACGCUGCACGACAACCCCUGGCGCUGCGACUGCUCGUCCCGCGAGCUCCUCUCCUUCGUCCAGUCCAACUUCCUGGGCAUCCCCGACCUGCUGGCCAUCAAGUGCGCCCAGGGCAACGUCUCCCUCGCGGAGCUCUCGAUCGACGAGCUCUGCCCGGGCUCGAACCGGCUGCUCGUCCUCGCCUGCUCGCUCCUCGGGCUCUGCGGGCUGCUGCUCGGCUGCGCGGCGGCCCUCUUCUUCCGCUUCCAGCGGCAGCUCAAGGUCUGGCUGUACUCGAAGAGCCUCUGCCUCUGCCUGCUCAGGGAGGACGAGCUCGACCGCGACAAGAGCUACGACGCGUUCAUCAGCUACUCGCACAAGGACGAGGAGUUCGUGCUGAAGGAGCUGGUGGCCAAGCUCGAGGACGGGCCCAAGCCGUACCGGCUCUGCAUCCACAUCCGGGACUGGCUGGCCGGCGAGUGGAUACCCAUGCAGAUCGCCCGGAGCGUCGAGGAGUCGCGGCGCACCAUAGUCGUGCUCUCGCCCAACUUCAUCGAGAGCGUCUGGGGCCGCAUGGAGUUCCAGGCGGCGCACAAGCAGGCCCUCAGCGAGAAGCGGGCCCGGCUGAUCGUCGUGGUCUACGGCGAGAUCGGGCCCACCGACGAGCUCGAGCCCGAGCUCCGGGCCUACCUGCAGACCAACACCUACGUCAAGUGGGGCGACCCCUGGUUCUGGCAGAAGCUCAGGUACGCGAUGCCGCACAAGCGCGACUGCAGCGGGCCCCUCCUCGAGCAGAGGCCCAACGAGAACCUGGCCAUCGUCAGCCAGCGGAUCGUCGCGGAGAAGCCGAGGGUCAGCUUCAUGGACGAGAAGCAGAACCAGAAGCUCCUGGAGACGGUGAAGGGCAUCAACCGGAACUUUGCCGCCAACUUGGAGAUCCGGGCGCCCCAGUGCACGACCGUCUGAAUCAACGAUCUUCCGAAAGACUCUGCCUAUUAUUACGUAUAGUACAUAUAAGCAUAUACUUAAGAGGUUGCGCUCGAGAAACCUUUGAGAAUACUAGGGACCGCGUGAUCGAGAGCGUGCGUGUUAAUUUCGAAUGCCAGAAUCGCGCGAGAGAGAGAGAGAGAGAGAGAGAGAGAAAAAGAGUAUAUUUUGUAUCCGAGUACGUUAGAGGCCCUCGGGCCGAGUAAGCCGAGCGUCACAAGACUGAGUGCAGGCGUAUGCGCAUAGCUGUAACCGUUUCGUAUAUAGCUUGUAUCGCAAUGUAAAUUGAUUGACGAAUCGCUUCCACCUUCCUUUAAGAAUACUCAGGUCGGACGACUAUACACACGCCAUAGACCAAAGCACUGAUGUUACCGAUAAGCCGCGUCGCAUCCUUUUGUAUAAUAUACGAUAACAAUAAAAGUCAGACUGUACAACUGCA